GUCAGGCGGAGUUUCAUUUCCGCAGCUUGCUUCGUACUCGAGUGACGUACUAGUAUAAUCAUGCAGUUUGUGCAGGAAGAAACCAAGGAAACGAUCUACAAGAUCAUCAUGAUUGGCAGUGCUGGCGUCGGCAAAACCAAUCUCAUUGCCGUGGGGGCGCGAGGCCAGUCGUACAACGACAAGAGCCCGGCCACGUUGAACCCAGAGUUCGCCACGGUGAAAAUCAAACGGCCCGAUUGGAAAGCCGGCGACGCGCAUCAAUACAUCACGGCGCACAUUUGGGACACAGCUGGACAAGAGCGAUACCAGGCGAUUUCAAGUUCGCAUUACCGUCGUGUCAAUGGCGCAAUUUUGGUAUACGACGUAACCAACAAGAACACGUUCAAGGAGGUGUACCCGGGGGUAACCAGCGGGGGGCUGUCGUGGCUUCGGGCGCUCAAGCAAAAUUCCGACCCCGAGCUGUUGGGGGGGGUUCUGUUGGUUGAAAACAAGUCGGAUAAAAUCGACAAGGAGCAGCCGCGGCCUCCUGCCUAUGUCCAAGAGAACGAAGUGACCAAGCUGCUCAUGGACGUGGUGUAUCGCGAUCCCGUGGAAGGCGUGGGGUGGCUUCACGACGGCAAGUCGGACAAGGUCAACCCGUACCGCCUAGCGAACUCCAUGCUGUAUGCUAAAGCGUCGGCACUCACGAAUGAGUGCGAACUGUUUGAAAUGAACGAAGUCAAAGUGGCAACCGUGAACGAAAUGUUUCACAAGCACACCGACGCGAUGGCGUACGAAAAGACGGACGCCGUCACGACGGUCACCAAGGCCAUCGAAGCGCUCGUGCUGCGGAUAUACGAGCGAUCGAAAGACAUGCGCGCGGGUGGCACCAAGGUCAAAGGCAAACCGUUCAAGCUCGUGAAGGCCCCCGUGGUUGCCCCCACCUCUGCAGACCAAUGCUGUUAACUCACACACCGCCCUAUCUGGCAUACAUUGAGGUGAUAACGCUUGGUUAUAUGCAUACACUGUGAACGUACCA